AUGGUCCAUGUUGAAGAAUCUCUGCAGUUGCCGAGAGAUUUUGAAGGCUUUGGCGAAGAGGGCCACGAUCCUCAAUGGCCCAAUGGUGCUCGUAUAGCUGUAUCAUUCGUCCUGAACUACGAAGAGGGUGGUGAAAGAAACAUCCUCGACGGCGAUGGAACCAGCGAGGCAUAUCUCUGGGAGAAGGGUCCGUCCGGAGGUGGCAGAGAGCAUCGCCAUCUCAAUGGCGAGCAAGACUUUGAAUACGGAAGCCGAUGCGGCGCCUGGCGUAUCCAUCGACUCAUGAAAGAAUUUGGUUGGAAGAUGACUCUCUGGGCCGUCUCUGUUGCCAUGGAGAGGAACCCUGCUUUUGCAAAGGCCUGCGUGCGCGAUGGUCAUGAGAUCGGCGCACAUGGCUACAGAUGGCUUGACAUCUGGAACUAUUCCUUUGAAGAGGACAAAGCUUACAUCAAGAAGAGUUGCGAAACUCUGGAGGCAGCAACAGGCGAGUUUCCAAGCGGAGCUUAUUUUGGUAGAGGUACUCCUAACACUGCAUCUUUGUUGCCUCUGAUGUGGAAAGAAAUGGGACACAAGCUGCUCUAUACAUCCGAGGUCUACAACGAGGACUCGCCUUAUUGGAUCGAUCUUCCGUGGGAGAAAGAGCUUCCAGACUCGGAGAAGGAAGGCAUGCUGAUGGUUCCAUAUAACUAUGACUGCAACGACGGCAAGUUUCACAUGAGUCCCGGCUUUGUCAGCUCAAGCGGAGCAACGUACGAGCAGUAUCUCAAAGAUGCUUUCGACUGCUUAUACCGUGAAGGCGGCAAAAUGAUGACAAUCCCGAUGCACAGUAGGAUUGUGGGCAAACCAGGUCGAUCAGAAAGUCUGCGGAGGUUCAUGAAGUAUAUCUCGGAGAAGGAAGGGGUCUGGGUCACCACCCGCAGGGAUAUCGCAAACCACUAUCGGGAGAAAUUUCCGUAUAAGCCAGGCUCAAAGACUGGUGGUAGCUGA